AUGGAUUCACAAGGCUCCCAAGACCGCCAGGAGAAGGACGAAGCCUACACGACUGUCGAGAGAGAGUACCUUGGUCAAAGAGAAAGACGAGGACAACGCCAGGGGUCUGCGAUGCGAAGGAAAGAUCGAGACAAAGAGCGAACGAGUAUAUUGUCUAUGGAAAAGAUAAACGAUCUACCUACCCUGCGCUCUGCCUAUGCCGAUUUGUUUCUUAGUAUAAGACGCAGCACUUCACGCGACGGCCAACGAAGUUUCGUACGGGGCAUCGAGUCAGCUUAUGGAGUGAAAAGGGACGGAAAGGUCACCAGAUACCCCUGCAUCCUUGAUGGAGGCUGGUAUUUUCGCGCUUAUUACGCGGCGACUCAUAUAUUUCCUCCGUCAUACGGGCAGAAGGCCAUGACACACAUCUUCGGGAAAGAGGCGAAUGGGGAGAUCAACUCAGCCAGAAACGGACUCUUUCUCCCUCGUGUCUUCAAACGGGCUUUCGAUACAUACCGGGUGGCUAUCGUGCCUUUAAACAUACAAAGCCGCAAAGAACCACGAGAAUGGAAGAUCGUUUUGCUAGACUAUUCUCUUAAAGAUUUCCCUGAAUCGAAGGGUACGACAUUUGGAGAUCUACAUAAUAAGCAGUUAAUCUUUGCAACAGAUGCACGACCCCGAGCUCGAUACUUUUACUUCCACUUUCUUCUUGCAAUGGUCACCAGUCAUCGCGCCCUGAAGAGCACUGGUGUUAUAAAGAGUGAGUUACCAGAUAUGAUAAUGCUAGAGUUGACUAGGGCAUGGGGAAAGGAUGGGAGAUAUCUUACAGACAAUAUAGUUCGUGGUUUUAUCGAAACGGCAGGGAAUGAACUUCCGGGCGAGCUGCGAAAGAAUAUAUCGAGUCAAGGAUUUAUGCCAUCCGAGCCAGAAGACGAAGUCUCCGAUAUUUGUGAAGCUGUCAGAGCCAUGGACCUGCGCAGUGACGAUGAGGAUGAAGAAGAUGAAGCCUAUAUGGGCGAAGGAGAGGAGAGUGAUUGCACCGAUGACGAGGACGAUGGAGGAUAA